AUGGAGAUGAGAUCUCAGUGUGAGAAACAUCGGGAGGAACUGAAGCUGUUUUGUGACACGGACAAGCAACUGGUCUGUGUGAUUUGUAGAGACGCGAGAGAACACAAGACUCACAACUUCAUGCCGAUUGAAGAAGCUGUUGAGAUUUACAAGUGUCAAGUUAAAUCGUCGUUCGAAUCUCUGACAGGGAAGAAAUCUGCCAUCCAGGAGUUGGAACAGCGACAGAAACAGAAGAUUUCUGGAGUGAGGGAACAGUCACACAGUCUGCAGGCCAACGUCACAUCUGAAUUUGCUAAAAUACACCAGGUUCUGGCUGAGAGAGAGCAGCGCCUACUGAGUGAUCUCAGGGCAGAGGAGGAGAAGAUUCUGAACACCAUGGAGAAAAAUCUUCAGGAGAUUGAAGAGAAUUUAACCUCUGUAGAGGAGAAACUCUCCAAGUUACAGGAACGGAUGAAUGAGGAAGACAGUGCGACGUUUCUGAAGGAGGAGUUGUGUCAGGACAGGAGGGUUAAUGAGGAAGCUCCGACAUUGUCUGUAACAGAAGGUGCCGUAACCAUCGGAGAAUUCAGGGACACAAUAUUGAGAGGGAUGUUUGAUGCCAUGAAGCAAGUCUACAAGACUCUGGAUGUGGAAUCGGCCAAGCUGUGCAUCAAGGUACCGGAGGAUCUGAAUCGUGUGAGAGGGACCGGGGCCCAGAAGAGUCUCCCUGACACCGGGGACAGGUUAAGACCAUCAGACAUUCAUUUAUCGGUUUGA